GUGAGGUGCCCCUGGAGAUGUCUUGGAUGGGGUUACAAUCUGAUAAGGCACGGAUUGCAUUUUUACAAGGAGAAAGGAAAGGUCAAGAGAAUUUGAAGAAGGAUUUAGUGAGAAGAAUAAAGAUGUUAGAGUAUGCACUAAAACAAGAAAGGGCGAAGUAUCACAAAUUAAAAUAUGGCACAGAACUGAACCAAGGUGAUUUGAAAAUGCCAACCUUUGAAUCAGAAGAAACCAAAGAUACAGAGGCUCCUACUGCACCUCAGAAUAGCCAGCUAACGUGGAAGCAAGGCAGACAGCUGUUAAGACAGUAUCUUCAGGAAGUAGGUUACACAGAUACAAUAUUAGAUGUACGGUCUCAGCGGGUAAGGUCAUUACUUGGACUAUCCAAUUCAGAACCAAAUGGAUCAGUAGAAACAAAGAAUUUAGAACAGAUCCUGAAUGGUGGUGAAUCUCCUAAACAGAAAGGACAAGAAAUCAAAAGGCCCUCUGGUGAUGUUCUUGAGACAUUCAAUUUCUUAGAAAAUGCUGAUGACAGUGAUGAAGAAGAAAAUGAUAUGAUUGAGGGCAUCCCAGAAGGAAAAGACAAACUUCGGAUCAGUAAACACAAAAUAGGUAAUGAAGGUUUAGCUGCUGACCUAACUGAUGACCCUGAUACUGAGGAAGCUCUGAAAGAAUUUGAUUUUUUAGUGACUGCCGAGGAUGGUGAAGGCGCUGGAGAAGCACGGAGUUCUGGGGACGGUACAGAAUGGGCUGAACCAAUAACGUUUCCAUCUGGAGGAGGCAAGUCAUUUAUUAUGGGUUCUGAUGAUGUUUUGUUAAGUGUACUGGGCCUUGGAGACCUUGCAGACUUGACGGUAACAAAUGAUGCAGACUAUAGUUAUGAUUUGCCUGCCAAUAAAGAUGCCUUUCGAAAGACUUGGAAUCCCAAGUAUACACUACGCAGUCAUUUUGAUGGAGUACGUGCAUUAGCUUUUCAUCCUGUAGAACCCGUGCUGGUUACUGCCUCUGAGGACCACACCCUGAAACUUUGGAACUUGCAAAAGACGGUUCCUGCGAAAAAGAGUGCCUCUUUAGAUGUAGAGCCCAUCUACACAUUUAGGGCCCACAUUGGCCCUGUUCUGUCAUUAGCUAUUAGUUCUAAUGGAGAACAAUGUUUUAGUGGUGGUAUUGAUGCAACCAUUCAGUGGUGGAAUAUGCCCAGUCCCAGUGUGGAUCCCUAUGAUACAUAUGAGGCAAAUGUUCUAGCUGGCACUUUAGUUGCUCAUACAGAUGCAGUCUGGAGUCUUGCCUAUAGUGGCAUAAAAAAUCAAUUGCUAUCUUGUUCAGCAGAUGGCACUGUUAGGUUAUGGAAUCCACAAGAAAAAUUGCCAUGUAUUUGCACUUACAAUGGAGACAAGGAGCAUGGGACACCUACAUGGGUUGACUUCAUAGGCUGUGAUCCAGCUCACAUGGUGGCUUCUUUCAACACUGGUAGUGCAGUAAUUUAUGACUUAGAGACGUCACAGUCAUUGGUGACACUUUCAUCACAGGUAGAUUCUGGUUUACAAUCUGGUAGUCAUAUUAACAGAGUAGUAAGUCAUCCCACACUUCCUGUUACAAUAACUGCUCAUGAAGAUAGACACAUCAAGUUUUUUGACAAUAAAACGGGUAAAAUGAUUCAUUCUAUGGUAGCACAUUUGGAUGCUGUUACGAGUCUAGCAGUAGAUCCCAAUGGAAUCUAUUUGAUGUCUGGAAGCCACGACUGCUCUAUUAGAUUAUGGAAUUUAGACAGCAAAACAUGUGUGCAAGAAAUAACAGCUCAUAGGAAGAAAUUGGAUGAAUCAAUUUAUGAUGUCGCUUUCCAUCCAUCAAAAGCAUAUAUCGCCAGUGCGGGAGCUGAUGCCCUUGCCAAAGUGUUUGUGUGAACCAACACCAACUCACAUGAAAAAAAAGAUUUGCUUGGUUAGAAAGAAAGAGGGUGUACAUCACUGCCAUCAGAAGGGUUACUGAUAUAAUACACUACACGUAGUCUGCCUGAUGAAAGCUGUUUGGGCAGGCAUAAAUUGGUGGAAAUCACAUCUUAAUGUCAGGCUCAUAUGUUUAACUGUAAUUAACUAUUUUGUGGGACAGAAAGAAAAAGGACUCCAGUAUAUGUGGGCUAUACUGGCUAUGAACCGAACAGAAUUUUUUUAACGUGUUUAAGCCAGUGUGGAGUCUGAUCUUACAAAAAGACCUUUUUUUUGGACUCUGUGUGCUGCCUUAGGGUUAGGAAUGUGGUGCUCUUGUGGGGGAAGCAAGCUCCAAGAGUAGCUUUUUUUCAUCUCUUAGUGAUCUUAUGUUUAUCAGUUGAAUGCCACAGAUCCCCUUUUAAACUUAUUUUGCUUUAAAAAAAAGAAAUUUAACUUAAAAUAUUUUAGCAUUAGUUGCACAAAUGUUUGGAUAAAAUUCUAGUUUUUAUAAGUCUUUUUAUAUAUUUAGCCUGUCACAACAGUGCUCAAGAUUGUAUUGACGUUUUUCUGCAUUAUACAACCCUAAAACACAGAGAUCUCACUGACCUAUCACCCAUAACCACUUUCUUUCAUUCUUUUGCCUAAUAUAGCUCAGCUAAGUCCUUCAUAAAGAUGAUAAAUCAUCAUCAUAUACAUGUCUUCAUGAACCAAGGACUAGUAAAUGUAUUAAAAUGAAACAGUGGAGUUUAGUAACUCCAAAUGAACUCUAAAAAACUAAUCUUGACAUCCUAUCACUAUGUGAUAUUUUGUACAUCUUACUGUAUUUACAAGUUUAUUUAUCAAGGAUUAUCCAUCUUGCUAAUGGCCUAUUAUUUAUUUCACUUUUUGUUGGUCUUUAUAUCCUUUUAUUAAUGUGCUAAAGGAACCUGUAUAUCUAUUUUGGAACUCUUUGAAUAGUCUAAAAUAGACUAAAAACAGAAUAUUUUAUAGUUUAAGUUACAAACCAAGGUGUUUUUCCCCCCAAGAUACCUAUCUUGACUUUACUGUGAUUCCAAACAAAAUGAUCUUAUUUAAAAAUAUUUGGAGUAAUUCUUUAUUUGCAUUACAAAUAAGAUACAAAAGUAGUUGAAUCAGGAUACAAAAGUCUGCUGUGUUUGGACUAGUUUUCCCAGGUUUAUUUUUUAGCUGUGUUUCAUUCAUGGUGUAACUAAACAUUUUCUUUGUGUAAUGCAUGAUUAAGACCAUAAAGUAUUUUUUCUAGUCUUCCAAAAACCUUUUCUGAUCAGUUUGCGGGUUUUGAUGAGUUUUGUAAGGUUUUUGUUUUACAGACUAUGAAUCAGCAAAUUUUUAAGAUUGUACCACAAAGCAAACGUACAGCUGUUGAAAAAUAAUGUAUAUAAAAUGCAUAUAAUAAAUAUUAAAUUGUGUACCUGUA